AUGGAAAAGUGUGCUAAGCAUUAAGAUGAUAUCAAAUAUAUUAUAUUGGAAUAAAAUUCUGUAAAAUUGGCAUGUCCUGAAUGUAGAGAUGAAAAACUUGAAUAAGGAUUACAACUUGAAAAAUUCAUAUUGAUAUAAAAAGUAUUUUUAAUAGUAUGAUAUCAGGUUCUAAAAUUACCAGAAGUAUUAUUAAGUAAGAUUGAUAUUGAUAUGCCCUUCAAGAAUUUUUUCUCUAAUAUUGUUAAAAUAACAAAUGAAGAUUUGAAUAAUUUUAAAAUAGAAUGGAUAAAGUAAAUGUCAGAUAUAAAGGAUUCUAUAGAAAAAUUGAUAAAUGAAACAAAUAAUUACUUUGAAAUAUUAUCUAAUUUACUAAGCAGUUAUAGAAUUGAACUAAAAAAAGUAUAUAUAAUAUUAUAAAAUAAUAGAUUAUCAAAUUUGAGAUUUUUGAAUAAUAUAUUUAGGCUAAUAUAAAUAAUGAAAACUUCAAUUAGUAAACAUCAGCUAUCAUUUAAAAAACUCGACAUGAAAUCAAUACAUAAAUAGAAUUAAAAAUUUAAGAAUAUAUUAAUUAGAUGAUAAAGGGAAAUAAUGAUGAAAUCAAAAAGAAUAUUGAAGAACAAAUUAAGGAUUAUAAGAAUAAAGUAAUCAAGUAUAAUAUUAAAUUUUAAUAUAUAUAAGUCUCAAAAUUCCAUCAUCAAAAGAAAUAUUAGAUUAAUUAAAAUCUGGUAUAGAAGGAUUUUAAAAAGCUAUUUCUGAAAAAUCACAUCAAGUUAAUCCAUUCUAUAUUAAAUGUUCUAAUUUAUUAACAAAUACAAACUUUUAGGAUAUUCUCUUUAGAAUAAAAUAAUAGUAGAAUCCAAAUAAUUAAAUUAUUUAUUAGGGAUCAAAAGAUGGAUUUCAGACUACUACAUUUUGGAAUAAAAUAUAAAAUAAAUCUAAUCUACUCAUGAUAAUGAAAACAAAAAAUAGUUAAUGUACUUUUGGAGGAUAUUCACCUUGUUAAUGGAUAAAGUCUCCUUAACCAUAAUUUAUGUCAGAUGAUCAAGCUAUAUCAUUUUUAUUUAUCUAAUUUCCAAAUUUGUAAUUGCAAAUCUAUCCAAUUAAAAAUGAUUGCAAACAUGAGGCAAUUUUUGUUAAUUAAAAUUUGGGUCCAUAGUUUGGUAAAAAUGAUCUUCAAUUAUUUGCUGAAUUUAAAGAAGGAAAUAUAAAUAUAGGAUAACAUUAUUUUAGAGAUCCUAAAGAAAAUUUACAAACUUUCAUUUUAGGACCUAAAUUAACAGAAAUAAUGGAAUGUGAAAUCUUUUAGUUAUGA